AUGGCGGCGGCGGCGGCGGCGGCCCUGGCAGCCGCCGAGCCACCUCCCGCGAUGCCGCAGGCGGCAGGAGCCGGAGGGCCCGCCGCCCGCCGAGACUUCUACUGGCUGCGCUCCUUCCUGGCUGGAGGUAUUGCUGGAUGCUGUGCCAAAACAACAGUUGCUCCCUUGGAUCGAGUAAAGGUUUUGUUACAAGCUCACAACCACCAUUACAGACAUUUGGGAGUAUUUUCUACAUUGCGUGCUGUUCCCAAAAAGGAGGGAUACCUUGGAUUGUAUAAAGGGAAUGGUGCAAUGAUGAUUCGAAUUUUUCCCUAUGGUGCAAUCCAGUUUAUGGCAUUUGAGCAAUAUAAAACGCUAAUUACUACAAAACUGGGAGUUUCUGGUCAUGUGCACAGAUUAAUGGCUGGAUCCAUGGCAGGUAUGACAGCAGUUAUCUGUACUUACCCUCUUGACAUGGUUAGAGUACGCCUAGCAUUCCAGGUGAAAGGGGAACACACUUAUACAGGAAUUAUUCAUGCAUUCAAAACGAUUUAUGCAAAGGAAGGUGGUUUCCUUGGAUUUUACAGAGGCUUGAUGCCUACUAUAUUAGGAAUGGCUCCAUAUGCAGGUGUUUCAUUUUUUACUUUUGGUACCUUAAAGAGUGUUGGGCUUUCCUAUGCUCCCACCCUUCUUGGCAGACCUUCAUCAGACAAUCCUAAUGUCUUAGUUUUGAAAACUCACAUAAACUUACUUUGUGGUGGUGUUGCUGGAGCAAUAGCACAGACAAUAUCCUAUCCAUUUGAUGUAACACGUCGGCGAAUGCAGUUAGGAACUGUUCUUCCAGAAUUUGAAAAGUGCCUUACCAUGCGGGAGACUAUGAAGUAUGUCUAUGGACACCAUGGAAUUCGAAAAGGAUUAUAUCGUGGUUUAUCUCUUAAUUACAUUCGUUGCGUUCCUUCUCAGGCAGUGGCUUUCACAACAUAUGAACUUAUGAAGCAGUUUUUUCACCUCAAUUAAAAAAAUAAUGAUUUCUUUUCCUUAAUAAACUCUCAGAGGGAAAAAUAAAAUGUUAAUUUAAUUUGGGGGAGAACAUUACUUGAAGGGGGAUAUUUACCCUGUCACAGGAACCACUGGUAUUUAGUACUUGAUUUUUCUAUUCAUCACAAAUCAAAAGUGCUUACUAUACUUUUUGAUGCCAGUAGUUAUAUUUUAGAACAUUGCAAAAAAAAAAAUUCCUAAGCUGAUGCUGGUUAAUCAGUAAGGUUAUUGGAAACCAUUUUAAAGUGUUAUUU